AUGGAAAUCACCAACUGGCCCAAGUUCAGCUCUCUGCACACUGUCGGCUCCAUGUUCCCGGUCCGACAGGUUCACACGUCUGUACACACAUCUGUUCACACGUCUGUUCACACAUCUGUACACACGUCUGUACACACGUCUGUACACACAUCUGUUCACACGUCUGUACACACAUCUGUUCACACAUCUGUACACACGUCUGUACACAUGUCUGUACACACGUCUGUUCACACGUCUGUACACACAUCUGUACACACGUCUGUACACACGUCUGUACACACGUCUGUACACACAUCUGUUCACACAUCUGUUCACACAUCUGUACACACAUCUGUACACACAUCUGUUCACACGUCUGUACACACAUCUGUUCACACAUCUGUUCACACGUCUGUACACACAUCUGUACACACGUCUGUACACACAUCUGUACACACAUCUGUACACACGUCUGUUCACACAUCUGUUCACACAUCUGUUCACACAUCUGUACACACGUCUGUACACACAUCUGUUCACACGUCUGUACACACAUCUGUUCACACAUCUGUUCACACAUCUGUACACACAUCUAACACCUGA